CCGAUUUCGUCCAUUACGCACUACAGAGUGAUUCCGCUGUACAGCGCUGCAGUCCGCACCAAGCGUCCAUCGCCGCCUUCCUAUAGUAGCUGCUGUAUUUCAAUGGCGCGGACACUACCACUGCUUUUCCUGAGCAUCCAUGUCGUCGUGCUGAAGUGCGAUCCCGGCCUGUUAGUGGACAUUGUUGUCGACCGUUAUGAUAUUCCCAGAGUCUGUCCACGAGAAGUGCAAACAGAGGAUUUUGUACGGUAUCAUUUCAACGGUACAUUCUUCACAGACGGUAAAAAGUUUGACUCCAGUUAUGACCGAGGUACUGCCUUUGUCAGUCAGGUGGGCCUGGGCAGGCUCAUCACAGGAAUGGACAGAGGGAUGCAGGGCAUGUGUGUCAAUGAGCGCAGGAAGAUCACCGUCCCACCACAUCUUGCCUAUGGAAGCAUGGGAACAGGUGGUGUUAUCCGUCCUGAUGCUGUCUUGCUGUUUGAUGUUCUCCUACUGGACAUCUGGAACAGCGAGGACAAGGUCCAGACCCGCACCCUCAGCGAACCUGCCAGCUGCAAACGGACUGCUGUGGCAACAGACUUCAUUCGUUACCACUAUAAUGGCACCUUGCUCUGCGGCACGCCGUUUGACUCCAGUUACUCGAAGAAUACAACGUAUGACACCUACGUAGGGCAGGGUGACAUCAUCAAAGGAAUGGAUGAGGGCCUGCUGGGAAUGUGCGUCGGAGAGAGGCGGAUCAUCAUCGUCCCACCUUUCCUGGCCUAUGGGGACAAGGGUUAUGGCACCCUGAUCCCUCCCCAUGCUACGCUGGUGUACGAGGUGUUGGUGGUCGAUUUGUUCAACCCUAAAGAUGACCUGAUUGUGGAGGUGAAGGAGAUGCCUGAAUCCUGCACCCGCAAGACAAAGGUCGGAGACUACGUCCGGUACCACUACAAUGGCACCUUCCAGGAUGGCUCCGCCUUUGACUCGAGCUACCAACGUAAUUCUACCUACAACACCUACAUUGGCAAGGGCUACGUGAUCUCAGGAAUUGACAAAGCCCUGCAGGGCCUAUGUAUGGGCGAGAAGCUGAGGGUUACGGUGCCACCCCACAUGGCAUACGGAGAAAAUGGUGUCAGAGGCCUGAUUCCCAGCUCUGCCGUGUUGAUCUUUGAUGUUCACAUCAUUGAUUUCCACAACCCCAAUGAUCCAGUCAAUGUGAAGGUCACUCACAAGCCUCAGGAAUGCAACAUGACCAGUGAAGCUGAUGAUCUGAUUCAGUAUCGUUACAAUUGCUCCAUGAUGGAUGGUACUCUACUGUACUCCUCUGACCACUACCACUCGCCUGCUGUUGCGACUCUGGGAGCAAACACAGUCAUCCAGGGGCUCGAUGAGGGUCUGAAGGGCAUGUGUGUGGGCGAGAGGAGAGAGGUGACAGUUCCACCUCACUUGGGCCACGGUGAAAAUGGAGCCAAAGAUGUUCCCAGCAACGCAGUGCUUUUCUUUGAGCUGGAGCUGCUGGAGCUGCAGAAGGGGGUGCCUGAGGGCUACAUGUUUGUGUGGCUGGAAGACACCCCAAAUGACCUUUUCCCCACCAUGGACCUCAACGGUGACAAAAAAGUGCCUCUGGAGGAGUUUUCAGACUUCAUCAUGCUCCAAGUUAAAGAAGGGAAGGGUCGCUUGCGGCCAGGGAUGGAUGCCAACAAGAUCAUCAAGAACAUGUUUGACUACCAAGACCAUAAUAAGGAUGGGAAGAUUGUACCAGAUGAGCUGAACGUCAAAGUGGAUAAGGACUCAAACAAAGCAGGACAUGACGAGCUGUGAAAAGGCUGCAGAUGUCAAAAUGUGGCCCGGGAGCCCAGACACAUGUUUGUAACUGUUUUAAAAAAUAAGUUUGUGGUUCGAAAACAUUUAUAAAAUUAGGGCUGAAUUUAGGCAGUGCAUCUUGUUAAACUUUCUGUUUUCACAACCAUUUGAAUAAGAUCAAAACCAGUUGCAGAGACUUUACAAUGGUGACAGCAAAGAUAAACAUCAUACAAUAGCGGUGUCCAUGGUAAGGAUUGUUGGUGUGAUAUAUUUGAAAAUGUGACAGAAAGAAAAAACAUUCAGAGAAAGUUUGAUGUUUUUCUGUAAUAAGGAUAUAUUGCCUUCAUCAUUUAUGGAGGAUGGACCCAUCAUGGGCUGGUUCCAUUAUCCAAGAACCAUCAGACAGUUCAUUUCUGGUUGAUGAGCCAGUCAUGGAUGUUAUGCCUUAGAAACGUUCCAGGAAUAUAAAAAUGUUAUGACCAGGGAUUUUGUAUAUUAGAGUGGCUAUUUUGUGCAAUACCAGAUUUUUUUUUAAUAAUAAAGCUGCUAUGUGUUGUCAGAUCUGACUGUUACAGUGUCUCUCCUCUAUAAAUUCUACUAAGAAUAUAUAUUAUAUUUGUUACACGGCUUUGUUGAAUACUCGAUUCCGAUUGGUCAAUUACGGCAUUCUGCGGUCUGUUAUUUCUGAAUAGCAGGCCGCUGCUGUGAAUAACAGACCCUUGCUGUAACUGUCUGAGACAUGUUUAUUUUGUUUCUGUAAUAAAUUCAUGGUUAUUGAGUUCAUCCAGCCAUUAUAAAAAAAAAGAUUAAAAAUGUAAUAAGUGGUUAAAGGGGUGUAACAUUGAUUAAAAAAACUGAAAUAUACCACGGUAAAUUAAUGUUAAUUUAAAAAAACAGUGCCCUUUAUGCAAGGUUUAUUUGAAAUGAGAGCGUAAUGGGUCACAUGACCAGAGUUUAGUUAAGGGUGUAGCCGUUGCAUCAUGGGUUAGAACCAACAUGGAUGCAGCGGAAAGACUUCUCUGUAUAUCCAUCCAUCCAUCUGUUAUCCGAACCGCUUAUCCUAAUCUCAGGGUCAUGGGGAUGCUGGAGCCUAUAAAAGCAGUCACUGGGCGGCAGGCGGGGAGACACCCUGGACAGGCUGCCAGGCCAUCACACAGGGCCCACACACACACACCUAGGAACAGUUUAGUAUGGCCGAUUCACCUGACCUACAUGUAUUUGGACUGUGGGAGGAAACCGGAACACCCGGAGGAAACCCAUGCAGAUACGGGGAGAACAUGCAAACUCCACACAGAGGAUGACCUGGGACGACCCCCAAGGUUGGACUACCCUGGGGCUCGAACCCAGGACCUUCUUGCUGUGAGGUGACCAUGCUAACCACUGUGCCACCGUGUCGCCCCCAUCUUUGUAUACGGCCCCCAAAAUAACUAUUCUACAUGUGGUUCAAGAGGCGCACACAGUAAUUGUCCUCCAUUUGUUUUAUAUUUGUGUAUAAUGUUAGAUGAUGUGGCUUUACAUAGACAAUAUGAUACGUUUUCAGUGAUUUUAUUUGAUUUCAUCGCAUUUCUGUUGUGCUAACGUUUGGGCCUGUUAAUCAACAGACACUAGCUUGAGAGACUUAGAGUUGUAUAUUUUAACUUUGUCUUUUAUUUUCUUGUAGUUUUCCUGGUGUCUGCUGACGAUAAAGAGCGAUAUAUAAAAUAAAUCUUCA